AUGGCGGACGCGGCGCCUCCACGACUGAGCGGCACCAUCUGGAAGCGCAACGCCGGCAUCCUACGCGCUUGGCACAGUCGAGCAGCAGUGGUGACAGCUGAUGGUUUUUUAUUAUACAAGAAAAAAGUGGACGCAUUCAAGACAAAGAAGAUCGACCUGGCCAAAGCGACAUUUGCUGCGUCGAUCGCUCAGGCUAAUGGAUAUUACUACUUCGAGCUACAAUGCGGGCAGGCACAAGUGGCGAUUGGGUUUUCAGCAAUCCAAGACGCUCGACUGUGGUUGAGCGGCAUGAUGGAGGCAGCCGAUGAAAACAGUGCAGGGCGACGAGCGUGGAUGGCGAAUUUACACCGCAUGUUGACACUCAAGUUGCGUGACCGACGGGAAUUGGUACCGGCUAUGGCCGACAGAGAUUGGUUCAGCGAGUGGAACUUCUGUUUGCGAUCUCUGAAAAACGAUAGAGAGCCGAUUGCUGCGCGUCAAAGACGCCUGCGGCGGCUGCAUACGAUUUGGCUACAAUUCGAGUUAUUUGCUGAGAUUCUAGCGGAGAUCUUCUUCUCGUCCGUUCAGCAACGCGAUGCACGGGGUCUCGCUCGAAUUGAGUUGUUCGAACGAGCAGCGAGUGACUUUGCUUUAACUGGGCAAAGACCCGACGUCUCUCAAACAGUUGGGGACAACCAAGAGCCUCAUCCAAGUGUCCUAUCAUCAGCACCAACAUCAUUCUCCUCCACAAUAACAUCCACCCAAGGCAACGAUAAUGAUCUCGCAGCAACCAAUACGUACACAAGACGUGACGAUGUGGACGAGAUGAAACUCGCUGGAAUCCACUUGGAAUUCGCUUCUAAAAGUUGGCAAGGACACAAACGAUUGACCAAAGAGACAGCGUUAUUCGCCAAGUUCCGCUCGCUCAUCGAGCUCUUCCUUUCGGAGAGCGCUUCGGACAACGGCAAGCUCCCGUCUUCACUUCGAGCGGUACUGUCAAAGCUGCCGUCUUUCCCGCUGGUUUCAGCGUUUUCCAUUCGAGGUGUGAGUGUCGUAGCGAUAGCGGAGCCACUACGAAGCGAGCGAUCCACACUCGCGACGAUAGAUAACCGUGAUCUUGCAGGGUUGAGUAUGGCACUUCGAGAAGCCAAGAUGUUACGGUACUUCCCGUAUCAAGAGCUACCGGAGCUGGUUGUUCGACAAUUCCCCGGUAACGUUGCGCCUACGUUAGUGAGGGUACAUCCGCGGUACGACAAUGUACUGGUGAACUCUCUACGGUCUUCGAUGGUCCACGGGAUCCUGAUUCGAGCGGUGCAUGGCGUGAGUGGGAAUACGAAUCGCGUUGAACUGUUAUCUGCUCUUGACGUUGAAGAACUAGUGGAAACGAGAGUGCCGCAGUGGAUUCCGUACUUGGAUCUGGUGUACUAUCAGCUGGACAACGGCGAGUCUCCAGUCGAAAACUUGGCAGUCAAAGACUUCCUGCUACAGACUGGACGGAGGUUGACGGGGGAUGUUGUGAUCACGGUUGAUGCAGAGAAAAGUAAGUUGUUGUUGGAUUUACCCGAAGCUUUUGUGAUGAAACACGACGUGGACAUCCACCCACUUGUAAGAAAGUUACAAGGCAUCAAGAAGAACGCUGAAAUCUUCGCGUUAGCAGCAUCCAAUCCCACUUUUUCAGGACAUUCUCGACCAGUUGAUACGAGUAUUCAGAUGGCAAGAGAAUACGAAGAUGGAGUCAAGAAAUUAUUCGUCCAGCACAUUAAAGAGUUCGCAGCACAGCUAAUCACACUCGGGGACACGACAGACUCCAAAGCUUCUACCUAUGGAAGACCGAGAGCUCCGACGUGGAAUCAGUCUCAAAGCUCAUCCCGUGCCCGGUUAACUCGCUCGAAUACCUUCUCAUCGAUGCCUCGACCGGAAGAUAUCUUCUCGUCUUCAAGCGUGCAACCGACGGAGUUUGAGCUAAUCUCUCAGCCUCGAUUACAGCGCAGAAUGUCGUCUCUGAGCUCUAUGGCGCAGACUAUAAGCGCAAGUGGAAUGGCUGAUAGCAACGCUGGCACAUACGUCAUUGACACGCUGCAUCUCCGUCAAGUUUUGCGCGAAGGAGGAGUCAAUGUGCGAUUUUUACCGCUGGUAUUCCAGUAUUUAAACAGCCGAGACCAACUAGGCGUUCAAGUGCUGGUUGCUAGUAAGAUAGUCGCUCGACUGGCGAAGAACCUGUUCCGAUACCGCAUGCUCAACGAAGAUACCGGUAAAACUAGUCGCUGGAAGUCCAGGAAAUCACGUUUGAUCAAGUUUAUCGACUCCAUUAUGCACGGGCUUUUCCACAAGAACCUCCCGGACGGACACUGUUCUAUUCAAGAGUGCACUGGGGACCAAUUCUGGGAUAUUGAUGGGCCUAUUAUGUACUCACUCGGAGUAUUUUCAUCAAGUUUCGCGAUGGAUUCAAAGGCACCGAACGACGUGGUUAAUUCCGUUAGUUCUUGCUUGGAUAAAUACCGCGAUCUGCUGAAGGUUAACCCUCCUAUUCUUUUCAACAGUCUGUUGCAUGUUUUCCAAGCGCGAUUGACUAAAUCGAUCCUACCGGAACUGCACGAAAAUCGGUUUGUGUCGGUACCAUUCCUACGAACGGAAGAUGACUUGACGUUCAACUACGAAGAAGACGACCCGAAACUUGCAAUGAGGAUUCACCAAGACUUACUCUGGAGUCAUUUGCAGUUUUUCCGCGUACAAUUCGAAGCUUUGAAGCCUGAAAUACCUAUAAACACCGGUAUGGCUCAAGGUACAAGAACAGGUAAACUGGAGUUGACGACAUGGACGCAGUAUUACCGGACACUAUCGCAGAUAUUCCGACAAAGUCUAGAGCAUCCACAGUUCACGCGAUUGGAGAAGGCGAUCCAGUCGUGGCAGGAUUUAACCUCGGUUCGAGCGCACUUAAGCCUAGCAUUACGUGCCGCUGCUGCUCCUUCGUAUCCGUCAGGGAAUAGCAAGACGUCGGCUAUUAUUCGAGAGCACUGCAGCUUUGCCUAUUUGCGAAUGGCUUCCAGUAAGGCCCUGUUUCCGAUCGAGUACAAGCUCGCGUUGCGAUGUCUUGAACUGGUUAGUGCCGGUGAAGAACUAGUCAAAGCGAUGGAAGAGUCCGAUGAACUUCUCGAAUGGCUGAGGUUUUUCUACCGACCAGCGAAUCCCUCGCAAUUCGCCAAAGGCUCGUCAUCUCACCCGGUAUACUCGGUCCAAUACUCGGCCGGUAUUGAAUUUGAUACCGGUAUACCGAAUGAUACCGUGACAUCUCUUCGAGAGAAAUUCCAGCGUCAACAAUCUCGACAGUCGUGGAUGUCCGUCAUGUCGAAUGUGGACGCUUACUGUCGCCGAAUUGAAGCCUUGAGGCGAGAUCCGGUGGCUGUUGCAGCGACCAGAGCCGUGUUGUGUGAGAUGGGGGUCGCUUCUCGCCCCAUAAGCCCUUCCAGCAGAGUUCACGGCGCUGUUAUGAACGUAUCUUGGGCGGACAAGUAUCAAACAUCCUUCAGUUUCCAUCCAGAAGACACGAAUAUGCUGUCUUCGAUGUAUUCGUCACGUGGUGAUGCCCUCUGGUUCAUCGAGUGUUUCUUCUUACCUCCUCUGGCCAAUAAUUCCUUGCUAGUUGCAGGCGAUGCACUGGUUAAUAACGAGGAGAUUUCGAGUCGAAUGACCACUACUCGUCCAGAUAUUGACGAAGGUCCAGUGCCUGGCUUAGCGUUGGCGUGGGGCAAUCCGCUGGGUUUAUCACUGGAUGAAGAGGCUCGGAUCAGCCACGGAGCUUCGAAGAUGUCACUACGGUUAACUACGGAGAAUUCGUCUUCUGUUCGUAUGAUCUCGUUCCCUCCGCCACUUCGUCGAGUCGUCCAGAUCGCGUGUGGAUAUCGUCAUACCGCUCUAAUUACCGACGACAGACACUUGUAUACGUUUGGACAUGGAGAAUGUGGACGUCUAGGACACGGAAACGAAGAGGAUUGUACCGAUCCGAUACCGGUAGGAUACUUUACGAGUCUCAUCGCAGCGGAAGGUGUAGAAUUCGGUGGCGUUGUGGGCGUCUCCUGUGGUCGAGAACACACGAUGGUAGUGACAGGUAACGGGGAUUUGUACGGCUUUGGAUGGGGCGAAGCGGGUCGUCUUGGUACAGGCGAAACAGGCAGCAGUUUGUACCCAUCUCGCGUGGAAUUGAAGAACAUUUUGGCUGUAGCAUGUGGACGCGAACACACACUGGCGCUUACGAGAAAAGGUCGAGUGUUCGCGUUCGGUGCUGGCUUUGGAGGGCGUCUAGGCAAUGGCUCUGAAGCGGAUGAAGAGCUCCCGUUCCUUGUAGAGGGGUUGGAAGAGUACAGCAUUGCUGCGAUUGAUGCUGGAGAGUGUCAUUCGUGUGCAUUAAGCAGAGAAGGAGAAGUGUUUACGUGGGGGUUUGGCAGCUCAGGAGCGCUGGGUCACGGUGCUCGAGACAACUGCUUGAUACCGAAGCUCGUGGAAGGACCGUGGACAAACCCUAAUAUGGAUUUUGAUGGAGAAACCCUAACACAUGAUAUAUCCGUUGUGGUAUCAGUUAAAUGUGGGAGUUAUCACACACUAGCAGCGACGAACGAUGGUGUGCUUUACGGCUGGGGAGACGCUGCUGCAGGGCAGUUGGGAGUAGAAAAUCUUACAGCACAAGAUAUGGUGGUACCUUCUCCAACGAAAAUUCGAGUUCCGACGAGUUCUGGGAUCCGUGGAAUCGCGUGUGGGACUUUUACGUCGGCGGUGUGUACAACCCAGGGCCAUCUCUUUAUGUGGGGCUCUCCCGCAGCUGGAAACGGAGCCCCGUUGGAUGUCGAAGACGCUCACGUCAAGAGGAUCGGCGUACUGGGGGAAUUCGACUUCUCCCAAAUUGCUUGUGGAGCAUAUCACGCCGUUGCUAUUACUCGAAAGCUGGAGUAUUGCUGA